CAAGUUAAGAACUUUUAAAUAACCACCCAUUGUGUUCCUUACAUGUUCAGUUACAAGUUGCUGUUGCAUUUCAGUCUUAUUCAACUAACAAACUUACUAAACGGAAAGGGUGAUUUGACCUGCUGAAUGCCAUUCUGAGAUAAGCUUGACCAUCAUGCAGCCAUGUAAAUGCAUCGUAACGUUGCUGAGCUUAAGUUUAGCGCUGGCUAUUCCUAAAGGUAUAGUUGACGAACAGAAGGCAGCACUGGAAUUUCAAACAGAUGCAAGUGGACUCAAAGGCAGAAAGAGUGAAGCUCCUCAGGUAGUAGAACGGAGCCUGUAUGCCGGCCAGCCUUCUCCUGUUGCUGCUGGAUUGAAAUCGCCAUCCAAAGCGAUUCCAAUCAGAUCGAACCAGGAAUCUUCGAUUACUUUAGCCCCAAAGAUAGUAUCGACUUCGAUUCGUAUUGACAAAGAACCCACCGCUUCUAUUCCUGUUCCAGGCCAAUGCGAUCCAACUCGGCCACAUAGUCCACAUCCGACUAAUUGCUACAUGUUUUACCAUUGUGUCCAACGGCUCAAUUACGUCGAAAAAGUGGAGAAAACAUGCAAUCCACCCACCAUGUUUAAUCCUGACAAUAUGAUUUGUGACUGGCCUGAAUCGGUACGAAAAAUCCGGCCGGAAUGUGGAGUUUCAAUUUCUGGUACCCAAUCCCCAAUUGUUUCACCCAUCAAUUCAAGCUCUGCCGGAUUGAAAACCCAGCCGAAUCCAAUCAAAUCUGCAUCGCUCAUCACUAAAACUGCUACGUGCGUGCCUCCCUGUCAAAAUCUUGGGUUCUGUAAGGCUCCAGGAGAGUGCAUCUGUCCGGAAACCUUUGAAGGGCCGCAAUGUCAGUUUGUCAAGACUCAACGAUGUCUCCAAAAACCGCCCACUCCAUCAAAUUCACGAGUUCUGUACAAUGACAAAGAAUACGUAUCGACUUGCUUCAAAGGUUUCGCCUUCCCCGACGGUAGCAAAGAAUUCAAAAUGGUUUGCGACUCUGGGAAUUGGGUCCAACAUCAUCAACCAACGGGAACAAUUCAGAAAGUCCCCGACUGCCAACCCGUAUGCGACCAACCCUGCUUCAACGGAGGACGAUGUCUGCCCAAUAAUUUGUGUGACUGUCCGCAAGAGUUUCGAGGACCGCAAUGCAAUUAUCCCGUGAAGAAUUGCGCCCCUGAGCUAAUGAACUUCAAUGGAGGCUAUAAUUGCACAAUCGGAAGUAGUUUUCUACGCUGUUCACUCAAAUGUGGUGUUAAUGGAGUGUUCGAGUACCCACCUGCUGCUGUUUACUCUUGCGAAUAUGCCAAGGCUAAAUUUACUCCCGAACCAAUACCGCAAUGCAUUUUUGCGAGACAGCAGUCCCAGAAUUUAAAAUCAAAACCUACAAACCAAUCGCAAGUGUUGAUUGAACAGAGCGCUGGAUUGAAAGGGAAUUUUCAACACUCAGCAAAUCAUGAAACUGAAUGGUAUCAUCCAACCACAGCCUCCCCAAAAAUUGUAUCAACUUCAAUUCACUCAGAAGAAAAAUCCCAAAAUCCAGGCCGUGUUCCAGAUCGUUGUGAUCCAGCUCGACCACACAGCCCACACCCAACGAAUUGCUAUUUGUUUUAUCAUUGCGUCAACGGCAUCAGAGGUGUCGUUUAUCUUGAAAAGACUUGCCAACCUCCGGCGAUGUUCAAUCCAAACACAAUGAUUUGCGACUGGCCAGAAUCAGUGAUGCGUAUCCGGCCGUGCGGAGUCAUUACAGCUCCUAGUACGAAUAAAGAAACUACAGCCGAUUCUUGCGUGGAUGGAUGGGGAGAUUGGGUUAGUGUAUCCACACCGGCCGAAAAUGCUGGAGAUUUCGAAUUGUACGAACAAAUGGUUCCCCAGGAUCCCGUCUGCCCGUCAUCGAGCGUUCGUGAAAUCGAGCAUCAAGUACGUUUUCGUUGCCAUUGCGAAGAUGACACAUCUUUACCACUCGUGAAAAUAUCAGAGCCUCUAACCGCCGAGAAAUUCACAAAUGUUGCAACAACACGUAAGCCCACGGCUACGGAGAAAGUCGUUCUUGCCCCGACAACACCUGCCAUUGCAAAAAAGAACCUUGAGUGUCCUAAGGGAUAUUCAUGGAGCCGUUGCGCUUACAUUUGUACUCGGGUAAACAUUCUUCCCAUAUGUCUUAGUUUAGUGGUGGCUGCACCUCAAGGUAUCCUUGAAGACGACGAUGAAUUAGUGGACUAUGAAGACUAUCAACAAGACCAAAGUGCCGUAAAAGGGGACAACUAUGUGUUGCAAUACGUAGGGCCACGUCAAAGUCCGGAACGUCUCUUCAAGGUGAUGUCUUUGAACAAAGGUGCAAGUCGAGGUUUAAGCCAGGGUGACGGACAACAUUUAAGCCCAACCCAAGGAUCACCCAAAGAUAUAGACAGCACAUUUGGAAGCUUGUCCGAUGACCGAUCAUCCGUUUCCAACGGAGUCAAAACUCCAAAAAUGUCUUCACGUAACAAAACAAGACCUGUCAGCUUCAAAGGAGGAUGCAUGGAGAAGCCUCCAAGGCCAGCUAAUGCUGCAAACUUAAGAUGCGCCCCAAACAGUGGCACCUGUGACAUCAAAUGCUUAAAAAAUUAUAUUUUUCCGGAUAAAACGAAGCAAACACAAAUCCGCUGCGAAGAACCUGGUGUUUGGAAAGUUGGCAACUCAGAAAAAAUUCCUGACUGUGAACCUAUUUGUAUGCCUCCAUGCCAAAACUUGGGCUUCUGUACAGCUCCGGAUGAGUGCAGCUGUCCGGACAAUUACGAAGGUCCACAGUGUCAGUUCUCCAAGACAAAACCUUGUCUCGAUAAGCCACCCACUCCGAUGAAUUCACAGAUUAUUUGCAACGGGACUGAUUGCCUAUUGACCUGCAAUAAUGGCUUUGAAUUUCCAAGCGGUAGUAAAGAAAUCAAAAUGGUUUGUGUCUCUGGAUACUGGACCCUUUGUCAACAACUAACGGGAAAGUUUCAGAAAGUUCCCGAUUGCCAGCCCGUGUGCGAUCCACCUUGCGAAAAUGGUGGUCGAUGUCUCCUCAACAACGUCUGUGAGUGUCCGCAAGGCUUUCGAGGACCGCAAUGCAAUUACCCCGUUGAGAACUGCGCCCCUGAGCGAAUGAACUUCAAUGGCUUCUCCAAUUGCUCGUGCGGAAGUUCUUCGUUAAGUUGCUGCGUGUUAUGUUCGCUCAACUGCGGUGUGGAUGGCGUUUUCGAAUACCCACCUGCCUCAGUCUAUUCUUGCGAGUAUGCCGAAGCUAAAUUUGUUCCAGAAAAUAUACCUCAAUGUAUCUUUGAUAAUAAGCGGACUCAGUACUUCAAAUCUAAUUCUACUAGUCAUUCGCAACUAGUGAUUAUGCAAACGUCUGAUUUGGAAUGGACUGGUAAAGAGACAUCCAACCAAGAAACAGAUUUUUCGGUGGUGUCAAAUGGCUUCCAAGGAUUUUUAGGCUUUUUCCCAAAAAGCCGAGCAUUAAAUAAUGAACAGGACAAUUUCAAAGCAACUCGUAAUUUGAUAGCACGGCCAAUGCCAUGUCGGACAGGAGAGGACUCAAAUUGGUUCCAGAAAAAAUACGCGUCCAGCAAAUCUAAUCAGCCAUGCCAGAAUUGAGUUGCUGUUUAUUUUAUUUUCUUAUUGAAAAUUGUAUCCUUUCAUCCAAUUUGUAUAAAAUUUCUUUUUUCUUUCAUAUAUGCAUUAUAACUGUGAGGAUAAUUAUUGCCUGGUGUUAAAAUAAAUGAUGGCUGAAUCAA